GGCCGGAUGUCAUAUGUUUGUUACCGAGCCCUGGCUGCGCAAAAACUGCUGUCAUGUGAUAGGCUUCGUUUGUAGUAGUAGCUGAUAGAAGCGGUCAGCGAGAAAGAGAAACACAGAAAGAAGUUUGAUUCCUUUCCUGUGGACUCAGACAGGGUCUGUUUCUCUUAUUCUAGCGAUAGUUUCCCGGGUGGAGUAGUUGGAGAUUGGGUUCGCGUACCUGGCAGACCGCCGAACGCCCAGCGGACGCCAUGGGUUGUUGUUACAGUAGCGAGAACGAGACCACCGAGCAGGACCCUGACGAGCGUAAGCCGCUGAUCCCCCACCCGAACCCCGACAGCAAGCCCCUCAACGGCACAGAAUGGAGCUCCGCCAAUGUACCCUCAGCCCGCACAGACGAACAGGCCCUACUCACAUCCAUCCUUACCAAGACAGCCCUGAACAUCAUCGAUGUCUCGGCUGCAGACUCUCAAGGCAUGGAGCAGCAUGAGUACAUGGACAAAGCUCGGCAAUAUAGUACAAAACUGGCCUUGCUGAGUAACAGUCUGUCUCAGAAGAAGCCCCUCCCUCUACCUUCCCUCACCAGCCAGCCACACCAAGUGCUCGCUAGUGAUCUGGUGCCAUAUUCGGAUGUACAACAGGUGUCCAAGAUAGCUGCCUAUGCUUACAGUGCAAUCUCUCAGAUCAAGGUGGACGCUAAAGAAGAACUAGUGGUUCAAUUUGCCAUCCCCUGAUCUGCCCUCUAUAAUACUCCUCCCGUCCUGUCCCCAAUGCCCACACUGCAUCUAUGUGUCCCAGUCCCUGUGCUACCCAGCUAUGCCACCAGGAACCUGCUGAGGACUAUGACAACCAGGCCUCCCCUGCUGAAAGGGUUAACCAACCUUGCCCUGCACCCCUCAAACCACCUUUCAAAGACACCAUUCAUCCUCCUUUCACCAGCCAUCAAAUGUUAUGGCAGUAUAAUGGUGUUAGGGCACUGUUUGUUUUUGUUAUUUUACAUUUUCUUGUUUGAAGAGUGACUGAGUCUGACUGAAUAAACGGUUAGCUAGCUGCAUGGCUAGGCUGCUGGUGGCGUUA